AUGGUUUCUUUUGAGAGUCCCUACCACCCAUUCCGGCCCUCGUUCCAAGAUGUCCUAGACAAUACAGCCCCCGAGCCCUUCACACUAUCCGCGUUCAAGGACUUCCUGGUCCAGCGCCAUGCCAUCGAAUCCCUCCAAUUCCUGCUUGGCUUCCGGCACUACGCAACCCUCUACUUUCUGUCUUCCCCAGAGCCCGAAUCAGCCACAGAACACGAACACGAACACCCACAGCGCGACGCACUCUCUACAUUAUGGCAGAACCUCGUCUCGCACUAUAUAAUCCCCGGGUCUCGCAAUGAGAUUAACAUCACCACCCAGCAACGGCAUGCAUUACUAGCUCACCAACCCACGCCUCAACCGUCGAUGCUUGAACAGACCGUCCAGCAAAUUGCCGAGGCAUUGAGGACAUCCGUCUUCGCCGAGUUUGUUCAUAGUGUGGAUAUGCAAAAUCGCAAGUAUAGAGUGUACACGAGGGCUGCGAGCAUGCCGGCUGCGCCGACUCUAUCGUCUCUGGCGCCAAUGUCUACGGAUACUGAUGCUGCUAUCUCGGCGAAGAGGGGCGCGUGGUUUAGAUGGCCGUAUCGCCGGAAGUAUAGUAUGGACCAGGAUACGGGGAAAUGGAGGAGGAAAGCGAGGACGGUUGUUGGGAUGCUGCAUAUUUGA